AUGAAGGCGGGCGGGCGGGAGGGAGAGGGAAAGCCGGGCGAAGACGCGUGCGCCACGCUGCGGCCGACCAGACAACGUAAAUCACCCCGCGUGUCCUACAGUCUGCCAACGCAUUAUGGUCUAGUCAUUGGGGCUGUGGACCGGCCGUUUUGGCACACGCUGCGUUCCAAGGGCGAGUCAAACGACCUUUCGCCAAUUGGUGCACACAGCAAGACACGAUAA